UCCCUGUAUAGUUAUUCAUCACGUUUUCACGUUCGGAGACGUUAAUCCCCUUAUCCAGCCUGUGUUCUGUAUGAUUAUCGGAACGUUUAGGUUAUAUUCUUGAGAAAAAGUAUCUUCGCAGGUGCUGUAUCUGCAGUGAUGGACGACUAUAAAGUGAACAUGGCUCAAGGAUCCAACUACACUCAUACUCAUACUCAGCUUUCUAUCCUUCCGACCUACAAGUCACCAUAGAAAACAUGCCAGGUUUAGUUCCCUCUGUUCAACGCUUUGACACCAUCACGGGUAUCUCAGAUGCUGUAUGGACUGCUCUACUCGCCAACCCUGCUCGCGCCAACCUUAUCCUUCCCCAUGCCGAAAAGGUUUUCGGUCGCCAAAAGUUCACGCCCAAACUUGAUGCUACGGGCCAGUUUUGGUUGACGUACUCGAAGCCUGGCACUUCCGAAAUCCAUUUGAUCCUUUCCUGCACAGAGGGAGCAAUGGGCAAAUACCCCCUUUUCAUCCUCUCCACAGUCCCCAUCGCUGAAUUGACAGCUGAGCUUCUCGAAAGCUCCAUGGAAGCACUGUGCAGCGCGCUUCUGGAUGAGCGUGGCUUCAAGAAGGAGAGAGUCUUUUCCGUCUUCUCCGUUGAGAAAGUCGCAGAGGCCUUCGCUCUGCAAUGGUCGAAACGCACAGGGAUUGAUUGCCUCAAGAACCCGUACUACGAGGCAUUUUUCUCGGUGUGUACUGCAAGCACAUUGGUCCGACAACAGCGGCCUGCUCGUUCAUCAGACUCGUAUGAGAUGCUCGAGCCUCGUCUUGCUGUAGAACAGGACGCCGAGCAACUGACUGAACAAUGUCGCGAUUUUGCCGCAACUUCGCCCCCGUUCACCCUUAGCGAGGAGGAAGCCCGUAAAGAAGCUAGCCUUCUGAUCGCAAACAAAUCAGUUUGGGUACUCGAGAUGCAAAAGCGGGAUGAAAAACCCGAGAUUGCAACUAUUGUUGCUGUGACGCGGAAGUCGAAAGGUGUUGCUACCAUCUCAAAGGUUUAUACACCAGAGAAGUGGAGGGGCAAUGGCUGCGCUGCGAGACUGGUUCGCCAUGUCUGCAUUGAGUUGCUGGAGACAUAUGAGCAAGUCGUCCUAUAUGUCGGCGUUGACAAUGGCGCCAAGUAUGUGUAUGACCGCGUGGGUUUCCAGGGUCUUAGUGAGGGCUCUCCCCUGUCGGAGCGAUGGCUUGAGAUUGGUUUUGAUCAAAAUAAAGUUGAACUCGGUCAUUGGUAGAUUUUUGACAUAUUUCUGGAUCGCUUUGGCAUAUCUCCUUUGGGUUGCUUCACAUGGUCGUGCAUUCAUCCCUCUAACAUCUUGCAUAUUGUCUGUAGCAUAGCGUUCGUCAUCAUUCUCUAGAGCUUAAAUGUAUCACAUUGGAUAUGUACACAUGUAUUUCUUCUUGAUCCUUUGUACGAUCGGACUACCCGAUAUCAAUAGAUGUAUGAUCAAUCCU